AGCAUCACAGAGAAAGCGCUCUCUAGCUUCGGAUACGGUGUACGACUCGGACGAAUUCACAUCCCAACAUCAACCAGAGCAGGGGUCAGCGGACCAACGCAUACAACCUGGGAAAUUGGGGGAUUACAUUUAUUUUUUAAUGGAUUCCUCUGGACAUUUCCUUCGUCGAAAGAAGACCUCAUCAAAUUGACUUCAUAGACACAGAAUCAUUACGCUGGUCACCCAAGAAGAGCCUAGAGGACUGGGAUGAAGACUCCGGAGGAGCCGCCCUACCUGACAGUGGGCACUGAUGUCAGCGCCAAGUACAGAGGUGCUUUCUGUGAGGCCAAGAUUAAGACUGCCAAGAGACUGGUCAAGGCCAAGGUGACCUUUAAACCAGACCUGACAACAGUGGAGGUCCAUGAUGACAGCAUCCAAGGCCCUCUGAAGGUUGGUGCUGUAGUAGAGGUGAAGAACCCUGAUGGAGUGUACCAGGAAGCCUCCAUCAACAAGCUGACAGACUGCAGUAUAUACACUGUUGUGUUUGAUGAUGGUGAUGAGAAGACACUGAGGCGUUCCUCUCUCUGCCUGAAAGGAGCACGUCACUUUGCAGAGAGCGAGACACUAGAUCGCCUCCCUCUCACCAACCCUGAGCACUUCGGCACUCCUGUCACCGGCAAGAAGGGGAACCGGGGACGCAGGUCCAAUCCAGUUCAGGAGGAGGAGCCAUCUUCGUCGUCCAGUGAAGAGGAGGAGAGUGACUGGAGACAGAAUGAAGAGCUGUUUGGGAAGGUGGUGUGUGUUGAGGGGGGUUCUGCCUCUACUGGAGACUGGAAGAAUAAGACCACAGCGUGGUACCCUGCCCUGGUCAUCACCCCAGACUGCCAUGAAGAGGCCAUCAUAAAGAAAGACAGCAUCUUCAUCCGCUCCUUCAAGGAUGGAAAAUUUAACACAGUGCUGAGGAAGGACGUGAGGGUGAUGGACACAGACUCCCCUCCUAAUGCUGACGCAGGGCUCAAACCAGCGCUGGAUGAGGCUCUGGAGUUUGUGCAUCAGGCGGCAGUGCCCAGCUCCUGGAGGACAGAGGUGAAGGACGAGAGUUCCAGCAGUGAGGAAGAUGCUGAUGAUGAUGAUGAUGAUGAGGAAGAACAGGAGGAAGACGCCAGCGAUGAAGAGGAGGAGGAAGUGGAGCCCUUCCCUGAGGAGAGAGAGAACUUCUUGCAGCAGCUAUACAAGUUCAUGGAGGACAGAGGAACCCCCAUCAACAAGAAACCAGUGCUGGGCUACAGGAACCUGGACCUCUUCAAGCUCUACAGACUGGUGCAGAAACUUGGAGGUUUCCAUGAUAUUGAGAGUGGAUCCGUAUGGAAGACUGUCUACCAGGCUCUGGGAAUCCCUGUGCUUAACUCUGCCGCCGGCUACAACGUCAAAUGUGCUUACCGCAAGUACCUGUAUGGGUUUGAGGAAUACUGCACCUCCUGCGUCAUCACUUUCCGUAUGGACCUACCCCUGAAGCAGCCCAAGGCGGAGGGGGAGAGUGGGGAGGCAUGGUCAGGGGGAGCCACUUCCAUCCCCCCUGUAGCCUCCUCCAGCUGUGGAGAGGAACAGAAGCAGAAUGUAUCUGAGAAGUCCUCAGCGAGCUCAGAGACCAGCAGCGCUCAGCCUGACAUCUACAAGGAGGAGAAGACUGAGCUGACCAAGGACAAACCUGAGGCAGAACCUUUGAAGCCUGUGCAGCGGAUGGCUGAAAGGGAAGGUGAUGAUGACAAUGAGGAAGAAGAUGAUUAUCACAAGCAUGAGUCUGAUGAUGAAGACUGGCCUUCAUUUGCUUGCCUCAGAGUGAAGCUGGAACCUUACGAUGAGGAGCAGGAGGAAGGGAAGGAGGAGGACAUCUCUGGCUCUGGGGAUGAGAGCUGCAGUCGGGAGGGCGAUGGUGGUGAUGAGGAUCUGGGGGAGGAAGGGGAGGAAUUUGAGUGUUACCCCCCGGGGAUGAAGGUGCAGGUGAGGUAUGGGCGUGGUCGCAGCCUGAAGACGUACCAGGCCACUGUGAAAGAUGCUGACGUGGAGGGGGGAGAGGUGCUCUACCUGGUUCACUACUGUGGCUGGAACGUCAGAUAUGACGAAUGGGUCAAAGCCGACAAGAUUGUCCGUCCGGCCAAUAAGAAUGUUCAGAAGAUCAAGCAUCGCAAGAAAAUAAAGAACAAAGCGGAGAGAGAGCGCAACCGCCUCGAACGACUGAACCAAGACCUGGGGAGUCCGUCCCCCAACAACCUACGUGUCCCCCGCCCCUCCUCCAAACUCCUCGGCCCUGGCUAUGGCUCAUGUCCCGGCUUGGCCCACGAGCUCCAUGUCUUCUCCAAGAUGGAGGACGCCUCAGAUAGUUCAACAGAUGACAUUGAUCACCAGGAUGAGGAGGGUGAUUGUGAAGAUGAAGAUGACCGUCCAGGGGGGCGCUGCGGUCUCAGAAAGGGGGGUACCCCAGAACAUGUCAGAAAGGGGGGUACCCCAGAACAUCUCAGAAAGGGGGGUACCCCAGAACAUCUUAGAAAGGGGGGUACCUCAGAACAUCUCAGAAAGGGGGGUACCCCAGAACAUCUCAGAAAGGGUGGUACCCCAGAACAUCUCAGAAAGGGGGGUACCCCAGAACAUCUCAGAAAGGGGGGUACCCCAGAACAUCUUAGAAAGGGGGGUCCGCCCGAACCACCUCACGCAUUAGACCACUGGGAGGGGGCCACCUUUACCAAUGUCCCCAAAACCCCAUUGAUCGCAGGAAAUGGCCAAGAACCAAUCAACAAAGAUGUCCCGGAGGCGGUGAAAUGGCAAAGCCAACCAGUGUUUGAGGGUGAGAGGGAGGGGCCGGGUAGCUCUGCCUCGAGGAAGAGGAAGUCAGAGGGAGCAACCCGGGAGCGGUCGGAACGCACCCCUAAAGGACCCCUGUCCAAAACCAAGCUCCCCACCCGGAGCAUCAGGAAUGCUGACUGGCUGUCGAGAGACCCCAGGAAGGCCAGGGAGAGAGGAGGAGGAGGGGAGGAGAGAGGAGGAAGAAGGCCAGGGGAGGAGAGAGGAGGAGGAAGAGGGCCAGGGGAGGAGGGAAGACGGCCAGGGGAGGAGAGAGGAGGAGGAGGGCCAGGGGAGGAGAGAGGAGGAGGAGGGCCAGGGGAGGAGAGAGGCGGACCAGCAGGAGGAGGCUCUUCUAGUAGCAGCUCUGACGAUGAGGGAGGAGCACCACCUCCCACUGAUCCCAACCAAUCAGAGACCGACCGAGAGAGAGAGCAACCCAGUUCCUGUCCAAAAUCCAAACCUUACCCCUCCAAGAAGUACAACGGCAUGAAGGACAAGACCGACAAAAGAGGCGGGAGUGGCAGUGGCGCCCGCCCUGCGGGAUUCUGGGAUAUUCCUGAGAAGAGGGCCAAGAUGGCUGCUACAGCGGAUGAUAGAGAGAGGCAGGUGGGUGGGGGGCGCACCAAGGGCCAGAAGGAUGUGUGGUCCAGUAUUCAGGCCCAGUGGCCCAAGAAGACCCUGAAGGAGCUGUUCUCUGACUCCGACACAGAGGCUGCUAACUCCCCUCCUCCCCCUGGAACGGCCCAGUCCUUCUCAUCAGGCCUGGAGGAGAGGGAGAGCAAGGGGGAGCGGAACGGGGAUGGAGAGGAGGCAGGAGGAGGCCCGGAGAGGGAGGACCCUGGGACCUCAGAGGAGAACCAGGAGAAGGAGAGGAGGAGUGAGCAGGAGGAGUUCCCCCCCAGCGGCUCUAACUCAGUACUCAACACCCCUCCUACAACCCCAGAGUCCCCCUCCAUGGAGGGUAUUAGUAGUGGAGCCAUUGCGCAAAGCUCUGGGACUGGUUCAAACUGGACUCAGCCCUCCUCUCCUCCCCUCUCCACAGGGACCCCUGCACUGUGUAAAACCCCCUCCUCUGACCCCCUGACUCCAGGAUACCCCAACCCCCUGACUCUGGGGUUGACUCCAGGACACCCCAACCCCCUGACCCCAGGACACCCCAACCCCCUGACCCCAGGACACCCCAACCCCCUGACCCCAGGACACCCCAACCCCCUGACCCCAGGACACCCCAACCCCCUGACCCCAGGACACCCCAACCCCCUGACUCCAGGACACCCCAACCCCCUGACUCUGGGGUUGACUCCAGGACACCCCAACCCCCUAACUCCAGGACACCCCAACCCCCUGACCCCAGGACACCCCAACCCCCUGACCCCAGGACACCCCAACCCCCUGACCCCAGGACACCCCAACCCCCUAACUCCAGGCCACCCCAACCCCCUGACCCCAGGACACCCCAACCCCCUGACUCCAGGACACCCCAACUCCCUGACUCUGGGGUUGACCCCAGGACACCCCAACCUUCUGACCCCAGGACACCCCAACCUUCUGACCCCAGGACACCCCAACCCCCUGACCCCAGGACACCCCAACCCCCUUCCGGGUCACAGUGAGACAGAAAGCAGUACGGUGGAGGUGGAGAGUCUGGACCAGGACUUACCCCCAGUGUCUGCCAGUCACAAGCGUCAGAAGGAACAGCAGGCAGGUGGAGCAGCAAAGAAACCCAAGCCAAACAGAAAGAGCUCAAUGCCUCCCAAGAAGAACAACAGGAAAACUGCCCACAGCAGUGACAGUGAAGACCAGUUAGUGGGUGAGAGUAUGGCUAAGUCUUCAGCCUCCAAGACCCAUGGUGCAGCAGACAUGAAGGGGUCCAUCUCCCCCAAGUGUCUCAGCCAGGGACAGGUUGAGGGACACACACCUCCAUCCAGCCAGAAGUACCACAAGGAGCAGCAGCAUGGGUACCCUGACCACAGAGCGCACCAUGGCAGAACAGCAUCUGUCUACAAGUGGAGCGUCCAGAUGUCGGACCUGGAGAAGAUGUGUAGUCUGGAGAGGAUCUCCUUCCUCCAGGAGAAGCUGCAGGACAUCAGGAACCACUACCUGUCUCUCAAGUCUGAGGUGGCCUCCAUCGACAGACGACGCAAACGCAUCAAGAAGAAAGAGAGAGAGAGUACAGUGGCUGCAUCUUCCCCCUCCUCCUCGUCCCCGUCCUCCAGCUCUCUAACAGCAGCGGUGAUGUUGACACUAGCCGACACUCCUGUGUCGUCCUCUUCCUCCUCUCAGAACUCUGUGGUGUCUGUAGAGUGUAGGUGACAGGACACCCCUCACCCUCCCAACCUUCUGAGGCCCAGGACACAGCACUGAGCACCUAACCAACACCACCCUGGUCCAACACCCAGGCCCCAUCAGCAUCCACCCAAGACACACAACGUUUCCCCAGGCCCCAUAACCUCCACCUAUACCCUAUAUUCACCCUGACCCAACAGAACAGCCCCCAAACAGGCACCAUCACCCUCAUCUCCACCAAGCCCAACUGACAACCCACCCAGGCCCCUCCACACCAACACCCUUCCAACAGAACUGACAACCCACCCAGGCCCCUCCACACCAACACCCUUCCAACAGAACUGACAACCCACCCAGGCCCCUCCACACCAACACCCCUC